AUGCUCCAGCACAAGACAAAAUUCAGCAGUGAGCUCAAAGAUGGCUUUGGUGACGAGGCUAUCUCACCUGCACUUCUUCAGUUCGUGUGCAGCAUUGAACAUGGUGUUGAUAUAAAAUCACAUCUAACGCACGGAAUAGCGAAGUCAGACUUAGCUAUUGCUCAGCUUUUACAGUUCAACUGCUACUCAAAAUGUAGAGAAGGAUUGACAACCCAAAUACAUUCUAAAGACCGUGAGGCCUCUUUUGCUGUCUAUCUUGGGUUGAUGGUGUACACCAAGACACGAAAAAGAGAGUUUAUUGACAAAUUCCAUGAGCAUGGACUAAGCCUAUCGUAUGUCAAUGUAUUAGAGAUAUCCGGCAAACUUGGUGAAACUGUGAUAAAACAGUAUGUUGAAGAAGAUGUUGUGUACCCUUCAGUGCUGCGUAAAGGGCUGUUCACUACGGCCGCUGUCGACAACAUUGAUCACAAUCCCACGGCCACCACAGCUAGCACGUCAUUCCAUGUUACAAGUAUUUCCAUGUUCCAGCACCUAACGAUUUCGCCUAUAUAUAUAUAUAUAUAUAUAUAUAUAUAUAUAUAUAAUCUCUUCAUAUCUAUCCACACCUCCACGGUCUGUUCAUAUCUAUCUAUCUAUCUAUCUAUCUAUCUAUCUAUCUAUCUAUCUAUCUAUCUAUCCUUGAUCAUAUCUUUAUAUCUAUGA